CGAGAUCGCAGGGAGGGGCCGAGGCGAAACCCGAGCCCUGCGCCCACCACCCAGGCUGGCGACGUGGCUCCGCUGCCCCGGCCUCCCCCGGCGGCGCCGUGGCCAAUGGGCGCGUGAGUGGGACGGCCCGAGCCUUCUCGAGCUAGCCGGGCGCGCCCCUCGCUGGGGAGGGGACAGCGGCUGCGGCGCUGUGAGCCCCCACUGCCCCGCUGCCUCCCUUUGCUCGCGACCAUGGCGCGCGGUGGCCGCCUGGGACUCGCCCUGGGGCUGCUGCUGGCGCUGGUGCUGGCGCUGCGGGCCAAGCCCACGGUGCGCAAGGAGCGCGUGGUUCGGCCGGACUCAGAGCUAGGCGAGCGGCCGCCCGAGGACAACCAGAGCUUCCAGUACGAUCAUGAGGCCUUCCUGGGCAAGGAGGACUCCAAGACCUUCGAUCAGCUAAGCCCGGACGAGAGCAAGGAGAGGCUGGGGAAAAUUGUUGAUCGAAUUGACAGUGAUGGUGAUGGCCUUGUUACUACUGAGGAGCUGAAAGUUUGGAUCAAACGGGUACAGAAAAGAUACAUCUAUGAUAAUGUCGCUAAAGUCUGGAAGGAUUAUGAUAGGGACAAAGACGAAAAGAUCUCCUGGGAAGAAUACAAGCAGGCCACCUAUGGCUACUAUCUGGGAAACCCUGCUGAAUUCCAAGAUAGCUCUGAUCAUCACACCUUUAAGAAGAUGCUGCCACGAGAUGAGAGAAGGUUUAAGGCUUCAGACCUUGACGGCGACCUGACAGCUACUCGGGAAGAGUUCACUGCCUUUCUGCACCCAGAGGAGUUUGAACAUAUGAAGGAGAUUGUAGUCCUGGAAACGCUGGAGGACAUCGACAAGAACGGGGAUGGUUUUGUGGACCAGGAUGAGUACAUCGCGGACAUGUUUUCCCACGAGGACAAUGGCCCCGAGCCAGACUGGGUUUUGUCGGAACGGGAGCAGUUCAAUGACUUCCGAGAUCUGAACAAGGAUGGGAAGCUGGACAAGGAUGAGAUCCGCCACUGGAUCCUCCCUCAGGACUACGACCAUGCGCAGGCUGAGGCCCGGCAUCUGGUGUACGAGUCAGACAAAAACAAGGAUGAGAUGCUCACCAAGGAGGAAAUUCUGGACAACUGGAACAUGUUUGUGGGAAGCCAAGCUACCAAUUACGGGGAAGAUCUUACCAAAAAUCAUGAUGAGCUUUGAAAGACACUCAUUCUGAUGUGGCCAACUGUCACAGGCUUUCUGUAGGUGUUCUGGGUGAUUGCUAUAGUUUGUCAAGUAUAUAGCAGUUGUGUCCCUAAACAGUGAGAUUAUACCUCAGAUUGGGGUAAAAAUUAUUUUUCACUCCAUAUUUACUGGAAAAUAACCAUCACUAUUUAUUCCAGUAGGAUUUCCCCUGAAGCACACUAAACUCUUGGCAAAUUCUCUUGAGGGAUACAUUGCUACAGCAUGAUUUUCUAGACUCUUCUCAAUUAAUUAAUGGGAAAGAAAUCAUGAAAGGGUUCUGUAACUCAAGGUAGGUGGGUGGGUGGGUGGGUGGGGGACACUGUACAGAGUAAACGCUGUGCAUUUGAACUAUUAAAUUUUGGGUUUUUUAGUUGCCACUGUUAAGUGGUGGUGAAGGUAAAGGCUUGAAGGAGUCAGUUUGUAUUGUUCUAGGUCAGCUAAUCUUAGAGCAGGCGUGGUAUUUCAAGUUCUUUAUACUUGGAGAUGUUAUUGUAAAUGGCAUAUAAACUUUUGUGUGUUUUCCUGUAUGGACCUGCAAAUGUGUACAAUAAACCCACAGCUUUGGGGUUUUGUUUUUAAUACUAAGAAGCAAUCAAAAAAAGAUAAUGUGAACAAAAAAAAAAAGGAAUUUUAGGGAUAGGAAAAAGAUGAAUGCCAGGUAUUUGAAAAACUAUGACCAUGGUCAACACUUUAAUAUACUUGAGACCUUUUUUACAUGUUAAUGAGGUGGGUCUGUUGUUUUUUUUCUUCUUUUUUUUUUUUAAUAGAGAAUAGAAAUACAGUCCCACCCUGGCUGUGAGGCUAGGGAUCCAGGUAUAGUGGAUUUAUUAUUUGUUGAGUCCUGAACCUUUGAGCCUGCUUCUAGCAUGGCUUAUGCCAAGGAAACGGGGCAAGGUGAUCAUCUAAGCCAUUGACCAAACUAGCUGGAGGAACAGUUAAGGUGAAAUUCCACGCUGUAAGCACGAGGAGAGUGGAAUAAAGGAUGUCUUUGACGAUC